CCUGAUUGGUUGAUAAAAAUUUGGCGCGAUGAAGCAAAAACAAGGCUGACGGAAUUCGUAAGUAUAAUAUUGAAAGUGGGGAUUUUGUUGAAAAUGGCGACUUUGGCGGAAAUCGACAUGAAUACCACUCCACUCGAUGAAGUAACCAAGCCAAAAAAAAAUAACAAAAGGCUUUCUGUUGAAAGAAUUUAUCAGAAAAAAACACAAUUAGAACAUAUUAUACACCGCCCAGACUCAUAUAUUGGAUCUCCUGAACCAUGUAGCCAAAGCAUGUGGGUUUGGGAUAAAGAAAAACAAGUGAUCGUUUCCAGGAAUAUCACCUACACACCAGGCUUCUACAAAAUCUUUGAUGAAGUUAUUGUGAAUGCUGCUGAUAAUAAACAAAGAGAUUCCAGGAUGAAUAGCAUUAAAAUUACUAUUGAUCAAGAGAAAAAUAUAAUCAGUGUUUGGAACAAUGGCAAAGGAAUUCCAAUUGAGAUGCACAAAGAAGAAAAGUGUUACGUACCGACUUUGAUAUUUGGUCACUUGCUUACCUCCAGUAAUUAUGAUGAUUCUGAAAAGAAAGUUGUUGGUGGCAGAAAUGGAUUUGGUGCAAAACUAUGCAAUAUAUUUAGCACAAAAUUUACUGUUGAAACUGCCAACGGAGGAAAGAAAUUUAAACAGACAUGGACCAAAAACAUGACAAAACCUGGAGAGUUCAAAAUUGUUGAUUAUUCUGGCACUGAUUUCACUUGCAUUACAUUUUCACCAGAUCUGGAAAAAUUUAAAAUGCAAAGUUUGGAUGAUGACUCAGUUGCUUUGCUAAUGAGACGUGCAUAUGACAUGGCUGGUGUGUGUAGAGGUGUACAUGUAACUCUUAAUGGGGAAAAGAUAAAGAUUAAAACGUUUAAAGAAUAUGUCGAACUGUAUUUAAAAGGUGCCGCAUUGAAAAAAAACUCAGAUGAAGAGAUUCCACGAGUUGUACAUGAAAUUGUUAAUCCACGUUGGGAGAUCUGUGUUACUGUUAGUGACAGUGGAUUUCAACAAGCCAGCUUUGUUAACAGUAUUGCUACCACAAAGGGAGGAACACAUAUCAAUUAUCUGUUGGACCAGAUGUGUGAAAAAUUGAUUGCUACUGUGAAGAAAAAGACAGGAAAGGGUGGCUUGGAAAUUAAGCCUUUUCAGAUCAAAUCUCAUUUAUGGGUGUUUGCAAAUACUCUUAUUGAAAAUCCUACUUUUGAUUCUCAAACAAAAGAAAAUAUGACAUUGCGUAAGGAAAGGUUUGGUUCAAAAUGUGAAUUAUCACCAAAAUAUAUUAAGCAGGUUCAAGAUUGUGGUGUUCUAGACAACAUUAUGUCAUGGGUGAAAUUUAAAACUGAAGCACAACUAAACAAAAAGACUUAUGCAACAAAACAUAGCAGAUUAAGAGGGAUUCCAAAACUUGAUGAUGCAAACAAUGCUGGCACAAAAAAUUCACGUGAUUGUACUUUGAUUGUAACUGAAGGAGACUCAGCCAAGGCUUUAGCAAUGGCAGGUCUCGGUGUUGUUGGACGAGAUAAAUAUGGUGUUUUCCCGUUGCGUGGUAAACUUUUGAAUGUUCGGGAUGCAACCCACAAAUCGAUUAUGGAUAAUGCUGAGAUUGGAAAUUUACUUAAAAUUAUUGGAUUGCAAUUUGGAAAAAAAUAUGAAACUGAAAGUGACAUGAAAUCUUUAAGAUAUGGCCAUUUAAUGAUAAUGGCGGAUCAAGAUGUUGACGGAUCGCAUAUUAAAGGACUUGUAAUUAAUUUUAUACAUGCCAAUUGGCCAAGCUUACUGAAGUUACCGUUUUUGGAGGAGUUUAUUACACCUAUUGUUAAGGUGACAAAAGGAAGUCAGUCUAUAUCCUUGUUUAGUAUUCCAGAAUUUGAAGAAUGGAAAUCGAAUACACCUAACUUUAAAUCAUGGCGUAUAAAGUACUACAAAGGUUUGGGAACUUCAACCAGCAAAGAAGGAAAGGAGUAUUUUUCCAACAUGCAAAGGCAUCGAAUUGUAUUUGAAUAUGAUGGUCCAUCAAACGAUCAAGCAUUGGUUAUGGCUUUCAGCAAGAAGUGUAUAAAUGACCGAAAAAACUGGCUAAAUAACAACAUGGAGGAAAGGCGUUUGCGAAAGGAGGCUGGCCUUCCAGAGGCUUACUUGUAUGAUAAGGGCACUCAUUCUGUGACGUAUCGAGAUUUUGUAAAUAAAGAAUUGGUGUUGUUUUCAAAUUACGAUAAUGAAAGGUCCAUUCCAUCAUUAGUGGAUGGUUUGAAGCCUGGCCAACGAAAAGUUUUAUACACAUGUAUGAAGAGGAAUGAUAAGCAUGAAGUGAAAGUGGCGCAGCUGGCUGGUUCAAUUGCUGAGCUUUCUGCAUACCAUCAUGGUGAGAUGAGUUUAAUGGGAACAAUUAUAAAUUUGGCGCAAAAUUUUGUGGGUAGUAACAAUCUAAACAUAUUAGUUCCACAUGGACAGUUUGGUACAAGAAACCUGGGAGGCAAAGAUAGUGCUUCUCCUCGUUAUAUUUGUACAAUGAUGAGUUCCUUGACAAGACUGUUAUUUCCAGUCCCUGACGACAACGUCUUAACAUUUCUGUAUGAAGAUAAUUUAAAAAUCGAACCUGAAUGGUAUUGUCCUAUUAUCCCAAUGUGUUUGGUAAAUGGUGCAGAUGGUAUUGGCACAGGUUACGCCACAAAAAUACCCAAUUUUGAUGUGCGUGAAAUUGUUGAAAAUGUGAAAAGGAUGAUUGCUGGAGAAGAGCCACAAGAAAUGAUUCCUUCAUACAAAAACUUUCUUGGAGAAAUAAAUUCCUCAGAGCCUGGUAAAUACACCUGUUCUGGUAGCAUUAAUGUGAUUGAUGAAACUACAAUCGAAAUAACUGAAUUACCUAUCAAAACGUGGACACAGUCGUAUAAAGAGCAGGUUAUGGAUGUUUACUUGUAUGGAAAUGAAAAGAUUAAAUCUUGUAUCACUGAUUACAAAGAAUAUCAUACCGAUACUACUGUUAAAUUCGUUGUCACAAUGACAGAAGAACAACUUUCACAAGCUGAACGUGAAGGUCUUCACAAAAAAUUUAAACUAGAAUCAUCUUUGCAUACCACAUCCAUGAUCCUGUUUGAUGAGUACGGGUGUUUAAAGAAAUACGAUAGCCCUAUUGAUAUUUUAAAGGCGUAUUAUAAAGUCCGUUUAACUAAAUACCAAGAAAGAAAGGAGUUCUUGUUGGGAAUGCUGGAAGCAGAAUGUGCAAAGUUAGAAAACCAAGCACGAUUCAUUUUGGAAAAGAUAGAUGGAAAAGUUGUUAUAGAAAACCGUAGCAAGCGUGACGUUGUGACGACAUUAGUUGAGAGAGGUUUCCGAUCGGAUCCGGUUAAGGCUUGGAAAACUCAAAUCAAUCGGAACGAAAUGAACGACGAUGAAAGUGAUGCACCGGCUACUGAUAUUGCCAGUUCAACGUCCACGUCAAGUGGUGGCCCAGAUUUUGCUUAUUUACUGUCCAUGGCUAUUAUGAGUCUGUCAAAAGAGAAGAAAGAGGAGCUAUUGCGACAAAGAGAUCUAAAGAAAGAAGAAUUAGAAAUGUUGCGACAGAAAACACCGAGUGACCUGUGGAUGGAUGAUUUGAAUGUUUUUACGGAAGAACUCGAAAGAGUGGAAGAACAAGAAAGAGCGGACGAAAAAUUGUCAGCAGAAUUAUCAAAAAAAGGCCAUUCCUCCAAAUCUGCUCGUGGAAAAACCUCCAAACCCAAAAAAGCAGUUGCAAGCAAGGAUAUCAAGAAAGCGUUCGAGAAGAAGAAAACUGAAUCAUCCAAGGAAACUGUUAAGAAAGUGAAGGAGGCGUUUGACUUUGAAAGUGACACAAAGAGCGAUACAGCAAGUGUGGCGAGUGUUGAAAGUGGAAGUCAAGAAGUCGAGGUUCUGUCGUUAGCUGAUCGACUAAAAAAAAAUCUUGGUGGAGGUAAAAAGAAGCAGAGUACUUUAAGUUUUGACAAACCGAAAAAGAAAAAGCCAGCAAAAGUGGAAUUGUCUGAUAGCGAGGAUGAAAUCGAGGCUUUUAGCGACGACGAUGUUGAAAAUUUACCGAAAAGGGAAACCCGCAAAAGAAACGAAAAAAAGAAAUACAUCGAAAGCAGUGAUGAGGACGAAAGUAAACAUGACGAAGAUGAUGAUGGCGAAGAUGACAGUUUUAAUCCCGAAAAUGAUAGUGACAAUGACAGCGAUUUUACUACAAGUAAAUCCACCAAACGUCCAUUGGUUGAGAGUGAGGACUCCGACAAUUCGGAUGUGGCGGCAACACGUGCUUUAAUAGAAAAGCUGUCGCCCAUGAAAAAGAAGCAAGCUACUGAAGCUAGCACCAAACUUCCUAAACAAGCGCCGAAGAAAAAAUUAUUGAGUGAUGAACACGCUACCGGCUCUUCAGAUGAACCUAUCACUCUAAAGGACUCUCCAGUGAAGGACACCAAAAAAGCUACUAAGGGAAAAGGAAAGGGGAAAGCUGCAGCUGCUAAAACGAAAAAAGAAGACCCAAAACAGGCUAAGAUAAAUUUUGGGAAAGGGAAAUCAGACGAGGAAAAAAAAAAGUCUCCUGUAAAGCCUUCAAAAUCUGUCGCCAAGAGACCAUUGUCGGUCAGUGAUGAUGAUUCAGACGAGGACGUAAAAGUAACAAAACCAAAAGCGAAGAAGGCGCCAUCCAAAUCAAAGGCCGCAGCUAAACCUAAAAAAGCACGCAAGAAAUUUAUGGGUAACGAUGAUGAUGACGAUGAUGAAUCAUUCACAGCUGAUCCACAUGAAUCCAACUUAGUUGACGCCCCUAAACCACGUCCACGCACCGGCGGAAGAAAUGCUGCGAAGAAAACUUAUAAAUUCAGUUCCGAUGAAGACGACGAUGAUGACGAUGACUUUUGUUUGUAAAUUGACAGCCGGUCAUUAAGAUAUCCUUUUCAAAUUUGAGCACGGUUAUGAUACCCAUAUAUUAUAUAUGGUUAUGAACAUUUCACUUAUACUGUUUUAAAAAAAAUUGCUUUUAGCCUAAAAAUAUUUUACAAUAUUGUAAAUAGCAUUUUAAAAACUGUAGAUAUUUCAAUAUCCAAGGGAAAGGGAAAAAUGUUUGAAGGUUUCAGUGGUUGUAACUGUCUUUGUUGUAAAAAAAACUUAAAGAGUUGUUUCGUGAAAAUGUUAACAUUUUUUAUAUUGAUGGUCAUCUGUAUCAUAGGCCUGUUAUUCUGUGUGUACUAACCUUUCGAAACUAUUCUAUGCUGUUUGUAGGUGCUUUAAUUUUUAUGUCCAAUACUUUUAUCUUUUUCAAGUCUUGUUGCACUGUAUAUAUAUCACCAUUAUUGAAAAACAUGUAUGCAACUUUUUUUUGUUUUUUCUUUAGCCGUAUGCUUACGGGCGCCACCACACUGGCUAAAAAUGAUCGUUUUUUUAGAAA